AUGGAGUUCAUUUUCUACUACUAUACCCCGUCUACUGCGGCGGCAGUCAUCUUCACUGUCCUAUUCGGGCUGAGCAGUCUUUUGCAUUUCUAUCAGCUCGUACGGACAAGGACAUGGUUCAUGAUUCCCUUCUUGGUUGGCGCAAUCUUGGAAACUAUUGGCUAUAUUGGACGUCUGCUUGCAUCCUUUGAGGCACCGGACUUCACAAAGGGGCCUUAUAUCAUGCAAAGCGCAUUGAUCCUGAUUGCGCCGGCUUUCCUUGCUGCGAGUAUCUACAUGACCCUCGGACGCAUUAUUUAUAUGCUUGAAGCGGAGAAGCUCUCCAUCAUCCGAGUAGGCUGGCUCACCAAGACAUUCGUCGCCGGCGAUGUGCUAUCUUUCCUGAUGCAGGCAUCAGGCGCGGGACUUAUGGUCCAAGGCUCUAAUCCAUCUACUGGUGAACACAUUAUUAUCGGCGGUCUCUUCGUGCAAAUCAUCUUCUUCGGUCUUUUCACAAUCAGUGCCAUUGUCUUCCAAUAUCGCAUCGCCAAGGCCCCAACUACCCGCUCGAUCGAGUUGAAGGGUCUCUGGAACCGCCACAUGAUCGCGCUCUACACAGCCAGCAUUCUCAUUCUUAUUCGAUCAGUUAUUCGUGUGGUGGAAUACCUGCAAGGUUAUGAUGGAUAUCUGAUGAAGCACGAGGUUUUCCUCUACGUCUUCGACGCCCUUCUCAUGUUCAUUACUGUGCUGGUUCUUCAGUAUGAGCACCCCAGUGAGAUCAACUGCUUGAUUGGUCGCGGUCAGAAGUACUCAGAGAAGGUUAUUUGGACACGCGAGUUUGUUCCAGCCUCUGCUCUAGAGAUGGGCCGGUCGGGAGAAGUUUGA